GGAAAAGUGCGAGGAUCUGAACUGGUUUCCAUGUCAAACACUUCAAUUCACCAUAGAAACUCAGAUCUUAACGCGGAAACUUUAUUAAACUCUGAUGGUGGAUUGAUAAGGCCGAAUUUCUAUCGGCCUCUUUUUAUUGUGGAGACCGGGCGGGAUGACAGAGGUAAAUUGCUCUUUUAAUUAAAGCAAUGCACCAAAGGAAAUUGCUGUCUGAAUAUUGUCUCAGAGAUGGGGUUUGUGACAGUUGCCUGGAAACUUCAAUCUGUCCCACAUUUAUUCCAGAUCACAGUUAUGAGAUAAAGUUUAAUAAAAAUCUUUCCCCGAAAUGAAAUCCAACCCUUUCUGAGCAAGCAGCCACAAUGAGACAGAACUUCGGAGGAAACCUUAUGUUCAACAUGUAUCUCUCAGAUCCAACAGAUACUCUGUUGAAAGAAGGUAAAGGCACGACUUGGGGUCCUAUAAAUUCAGGAGUGCAGAAAGGAAGUGGACAGAUUCAGCUAUGGCAGUUUCUCCUGGAGCUCCUAUCAGACAGCGCGAACAUGACCUGCAUUGCCUGGGAAGGAACGAACGGCGAAUUCAAGUUGAUUGACCCAGACGAGGUGGCACGGAGAUGGGGGGAGCGCAAAAGCAAACCCAACAUGAAUUACGACAAAUUGAGCCGUGCGCUCCGCUAUUACUACGACAAGAAUAUAAUGACGAAAGUCCACGGGAAGCGUUACGCGUACAAAUUCGACUUUCACGGCUUGGCACAAGUGUGUCAGCCUUCGUCGACAGAGCAAGCACUGUACAAAUUCCAAAGUAAUUUCGCCCCUAUUCCUUUUUCGGGGAUCUCCAAGCUAAACCUUGUUGCGCCCGGAGUGGGUCCGUCCGGGUUCUCCUACUGGCCGGGUUCCCCACCGACUCUUUACCACAGUCACAAUCUCCAACCUCCCGGACCAUUCGGGGCUGUGUCUGCUUCGCACAUCAGCUGUGUUAACAACAUUAACAACUUGAAUAAUAUAAAUACUCAUUAUAACUGACUUGCAUCAACCUAUUCUAGACAUAUGGCUUAUAUGGACCGUUCCAUGCGCUACCGUUAUAACCGUCCAGCCAACACAUUUAUUAUGGGCAUAUAUCUGUGUGAAAAUAAUUAUACCGAAUUGUACACCUAUUUGUAUCAAUUUCUGACUGCUGUGAUAUGAACAAAUUAUCUUACCUAAUUAUCUGAGGAAAGGGAGAGUAGGCCUAUAAUAUAAAUGUAGGCUAUUUUACGUAAGGCACACUUGAAAGGUAGCGCUGUGGUUAAGAACAUGAUCCUUUGUCCUUUUUUUACUGUAUAUUAUUUUAAUUAAAUUACACAAUGUAGGCUACAUUGCCUGUAUUUUCCACAAGCUGACUGCCUUUCUGUAAAUCUACGAUUAACAGGUCAUCAGCGCCAUCUGAUGGGUCUUUGGAAGCUAUUGAAAAUAUUUUGAACAGAUUACGCUGCUUUGUGUUAAUGUAUUUACGUUUUUGUUGUUGACCAAUUGAGAUGAAAUAGGUAAAAAAGUACAUAAUGCAUACGUUUACAACUAUUUGUUCAUAUGACAUACGUGUACAGUCGGCCUGAAAAAUAAUAACCUAAUCAACGUGGAAUCAAUCCAUUUGGAAUCAAUCCACUUUUUCUCAAAGUGCGCCCAUUUUGUAUCGACACUACACCACACUACCAUUACUCAAUUUCGUUAUAAUAAAUUUUUUUUCAGAGGCUUUUAUUACAAUUAAAAUGUCAUUUUUACUCUUG